CACAGACAACUCAUCAUAGCUGGAGGGUGGAGGGACCCGGACAGACUCAAAAUGAGACUGAAGCUGAAGAGAAGGGACAGGAGGCUGAAAACAGCUAAGAGAGAGCAGCUAGGAAAGUAGGGUUGCUUGGGCAGCCUUCUCUGUUGACGGCCAGCCGGCCCCGCGGGGCGAGCCAAGGAGGCUAGUGAACAUAAACAUGGCAGAAGGUGGGCUGGAAGGGCUGGGGCCAGAGGUGGGGGAGAUGUGCGAGCAGCCUUUAGCAGAGAACUCUUCUCUCCUCAUGGCCCGAGCACCUUCCUGCACCUCCUCAGCCUUAUCCUGUUUCCUAGGGAGGCUGGCCUCCACGUGCCUGGGCCUGUCAGUGAUGGGAAGGAGUAGGCUGAAGGAGGGCCCAGGAAAGGCCGGGGAUGAGCACCAUCUUGUCCCUCUUCAUUCACGCCUCAUCCUCUGCAAAUGUGACAGGCUCGGGGCAGGAUUAGAUACCUCAUCCCCCACCGCUUCACCUGUCAGCCUCCCUACACCGCCCUCGACCCCCAACGCUGUUCUCUCCCAGCUAGGCUCCACCCGGUGGAUUCUUGCAGCCCCCUUCUCGGAGGAUGUCGGUCUGCUAUCGUCCGCCCGGGAAUGAGACGCUGCUGAGUUGGAAGGCCUCGCGGGCCACCGGCACCGCCUUCCUGCUGCUGGCGGCGUUGCUGGGACUGCCGGGCAACGGCUUCGUGGUGUGGAGCUUGGCGGGCUGGCGGCCCACCGCGGGGCGGCCGCUGGCGGCCACACUUGUGCUGCACCUGGCGCUGGCCGACGGCGCGGUGCUUCUGCUCACCCCGCUCUUUGUGGCUUUCCUGAGCGGCCGGGCCUGGCCCCUGGGCCAGGUGGGCUGCAAGGCGGUGUACUACGUGUGCGCGCUCAGCAUGUACGCCAGCGUGCUGCUCACCGGACUGCUCAGCCUGCAGCGCUGCCUAGCUGUCACUCGGCCCUUCCUGGCUCCCCGACUGCGCAGCCCGGCCCUGGCCCGUCGCUUGCUGCUGGGGGUCUGGCUGGCCGCCCUGGUGCUCGCCGUCCCGGCCGCCGUCUACCGCCACCUCUGGGGCGAUGGCGUGUGUCAACUGUGCCACCCGUCGGCGGUGCACGCCGCUGUUCAUCUGAGCCUGGAGACCCUGACUGCCUUCGUCCUGCCUUUCGGGACCGUCCUCGGCUGCUACGGCGUGACGCUGGCGCGGUUGCGGGGCGCGCGCUGGGGCUCGGGGCGACACGGCACGCGGGUGGGUCGUCUGGUGAGCGCCAUCGUGCUGGCCUUCGGCUUGCUCUGGGCCCCCUACCACGCGGUCAAUGUCUUGCAGGCGGUGGCUGCGCUCGCUCCGCCCGAAGGGCCCCUGGCCAAGCUUGGCGGGGCGGGCCAGGCGGCGCGCGCUGGAACUACAGCCUUGGCUUUCUUCAGUUCCAGCGUCAACCCGGUGCUCUACGUCUUCACUGCGGGGGAUCUGCUGCCCCGGGCGGGGCCCCGGUUCCUUACUCGGCUCUUCGAAGGCUCUUGGGAGGCCCGAGGGGGCAGCCGCUCUAGGGAGGGCACCAUGGAGCUCCGAACUACACCUAGGCUGAAAGUCGUGGGACAGGGCAGGGGCAAUGGAGAUCCUGGAGGCGGGGGUAGGAUGGAGAAGGACAGUCAGGAAUGGUAGCCAGAACCCCGAACCUCGGGGUUCCCCUACCUCUUCCCAUGGUUCCUGGAACUCAAGGGUACUUGGGGACACUUCUCUGAUUGUAGUUUUGGUUUGACUGGACAGGAUUACUCUAUAGGCUCAGAUUACUCCAAGACAUGGAUUGUGAAGGUGACUGUGGCCUAUGUUCAUAUUUGGUGCUUGCAAUAUGGCCUGGAUCCAUGUACCAGAACUGCUUACAUGUUGCCAGUAGCUACUUGUGUGAAAUACACUGGGAAGCCAUUAACGGGUGGCUUAAAUGUGCUCCUGUUAGUGGUCCAUCAUGCCCGUGUUGUACUGAAGUCACCUCAUCCAGAACCGGACAGUGCCAGCCUUCAGUGGCUUUCUGCCCUGCCUCUCCAGCCAGGCUCUCUGUUUUCCCAGGCCUGUCUCUGGAACCACCGUGGAGUUUGGAUGAGGGCGGGGAAAAUUCAUUCUUAGAAGCGUUUCGGAGGAAGAAACUGGCCUCCAAGGGGAAGUAAAUCUGUGCUGUGUGAAAGAAAAGUGUCGUGCCUGUCUGAGGGUCAGCACAGUGAGAGGGAGGCACAUGACUGGACCGUGAUGCAGGAGCCUUGGGUGACAAGACUCCACCUCUCCCUCCCCCUCUAAAAGUCACCAGGCCUGUGAGGAAGCCCAGGAGCCAGUACUUUCUUCACAAGAGGAAGUUUGAGGAUUGAUGAGGAGGUGGUGGUGGCGAAUGGCUGGAGUAUCUGGAAAACUGAAAGAACCCUUCCGGAAGGUGGUGCCUUUCCUUUCUCUGUCUUUUCUCUCUGCUGCCUUCCCUCUUUGCAAGAUGUUAGACGUUCCUAACCCUCCUCCACUACUUUGCAGCCUCCAUCUUUUGGGAUCUCCCUAUUAUUAGAUCCAAAACCUGAAUGACUCUUUUGAGUCAAAUUUUUUUUUGAGCAAGUGUUUUUUUUUUUGUUUUUGUUUUUCUUUAGGGGACAUCAUGGACACACACAC